UCACGGGCAGCUCGGACGGUCCCGGACACCUUCCCUCGGCGCUUGAGGUCAGAGUGAGCGGUGUGCGGCGCAACAGAUGCCGCACCGAGAAAUAAGCCGUUAAUACCCCCCAGGACUCGGGAAAGGGUAACAACACUCAACUCACAAUAAGUGAAACCCCUCACUCAACUCAUCCGGUGUGUCCGGCGUAGUCCUGCGCGUCGCGGCUGCUUUGGGAGCUAUUUCACCUUUACGCACGAAACGGCGCUUAAAGAACGGCGUUCUUGUCAAAGUUAACGGCACCCUCGGAUCCAUCCACCUGUCCUCGAGGUAGAGCCAGUCUCAUGGCGUACUUGCCCGUGUCCCAUUUACUGGAGCCAGGUGAACGAUAAUUUGAACUGGUCGUUACAACCGUGGAGUAACACUCGUGGACUGCUGUAAUCAUCAUGCCGCCCAAGAAAAAGGGAGAGCGUCAGGACUCGGAUGUCGUUGAGGAACGAAACGCCCAGGUGCAGCUGGAGAAGGCCAAGUACAAGCCUGUGGCAUUCGCCGUACGUUGCAAUUUCUCGUACACUCCAGCAGACGACGACAACGUCCCCGUACCGGGCCAAGCUGUCACCUUUGAGGCCAGAGAUUUCUUACAUGUCAAAGAGAAGUUUAACAAUGAAUGGUGGAUCGGACGGCCGGUGAAGGAGGAUGGUGUGGUGGGCUUCAUCCCCAGUCCAGUCAAUCUGGAAACCAUUCUCAUCAGAAGAGAAGUUCAGGCGAGGAAAGCUGCCAAGGCCUUAGCCAACAAAGCAGCAGCUCAAGCAGCUCAAGAUAUGAACUCAAAGAAAUACACUCCUCCAUCACAAGCCAAUCAGCAAGUGAAAAAGAAACCGGGGGAGCAGGUGGCUAUGUAUGAUGUAGUGCCUACAAUGCGUCCUGUCGUUCUAAUGGGACCAUCACUGAAGGGCUUAGAGGUUACAGAUAUGAUGCAAAAAGCACUGUUUGAUUUUUUAAAACAUAGAUUUGAAGGCAGAAUUACUAUUACACGGGUCACGGCGGACAUCUCUCUGGCUAAACGGUCCAUCCUCAACAACCCUGGCAAAAAGGCCUUAAUUGACCGUUCCAACACCCGAUCCAAUUUAGCCCAGAUCCAGGGUGAGGUGGAGCGUAUCUUUGAGCUCGCCCGCAGCCUGCAGCUGGUAGUUCUAGAUGCAGACACAGUCAACCACCCUCUCCAGGUGUCCAAAACCUCCCUGGCUCCAAUCCUGGUCUAUGUCAAGAUCUCCUCACCUAAAGUGUUGACCAGACUGAUCAAGACAAGAGGGAAGUCUCAGACCAAACAUCUCAAUGUUCAGCUAGUGGCAGCAGACAAGCUCGCCCAAUGUCCGCCAGAAAUGUUUGAUGUCAUCUUAGAUGAAAACCAGCUAACAGAUGCCUGUGAGCACAUUGCUGAUUAUCUGGAGUCCUACUGGAGGGCCACUCAUCCACCAGAAAUGGAGCCAACCAACGCACUGGUGGCCCAGCUGGCCGGGAAUACACUGCCCACCAAUCCUUCAGGAAUAACGGAUGAGCAGAAAAGCAAAAAGUCAGCAGCCCCCAAGAGGAACGGUUCUCGUGAGAACCACCUGGACCAGGACCCCCCAUCGGCCCAGGCUCAGGAGCAGAGGGCUGAGGAGGGCCAAAUAGAAGAGGAAGAGCAGCUCCUGAGGACUGAACCAAAGAGACCCCAACACACCCACCACCAUCACCAUCACCACCACCACCGCCGGAUGGAGCACCAAAGCCACACCCAGCACAGCCAAACAACCGGUGGCGUGGAAGUACAGUCGAGUAGGGAUUAUAGCCAGAGGCUUUCCCACAGGCACCUGCCCAAGGAGAGGGUGGAGGAGGUUGAAGAGGAUGAGGAGGGGGUUCGCUAUAACCACCGGGGCCAUAACCACCACCAUCAUAACAGCAACCACCAUCAUCACCACCACCACCAUCAGCAUCACCGUGGGAACAGCCAGCCACACGUCGAAGAAGACUAUGAACAGGAGCACAAUGAACGCAACCGGCAGCACAGGCAUCACCAGCACAUUCCACCACGGACACACCACACAGAUCACUAUCCUGUACAUAAUCAUCACAACUACCACCACCACGGCAGAGAGAGAGACAGAGACAGAGACAGAGACAGAGACAGAGACAGAGACAGAGAAAGACACAAGGACAGGGAAAGAGACAGAGAUAGGGAUCGAGGUAGAGAUAGAGACAGAGAUGCAAGACAGUGGCACAGAGAUUCCUAUAUGCACUCAUGACUGUUGUUUCUACUUUGGGUUGGUGCAUGGUUUUAUGCUGCUCAAGUUAUAGUGCACUAAUAGACAGGGCCGAGUGUGUCAUCUUGGAAGAAAAAUUUUCUCCUCAUAUUGUUUUCCCCCUGCUAAAGGCACACUUUGUCCUUCUUUCUUAUUCUUUACUAAAAGGAAUUUUAGCACUUGUAGGCUACGUUUUUGUCUGAAUUAUUUUCAUUCAAUUCAUACGGCUCUCUGUGUAUUUUUGCACAAACAUUGUUCAAGAUUAAACUACAUCCGUUCGCUAAAGCAGCAUUCUUUUCUAAAGCAGGGCUGCAUUUAACAAUUAUUUUCGUUAUCAAUUAAUCUGUCACUUGUUUUCCUUAUUAAUUGUGUUUUCAAAUAAAAUGUCAGGAAAUUGUGAAAUAUUACAAUUUCCCUCAGCCCAAAGUGACAUCCUCAAAUAUCUCGUCUCUUAUCUAAGAGUCCAAAACCCAAAGAUAUUCAGUUUAAUAUCAUCCGUGACAAAUCAAAACAUUAUAUCCGUAUAUUGGAGAAGCUAGAACCAACAAAUGUUUGGUAUUUUUGCUUAAAAAAUAACUAAAAGGAUUAUUUGAAUAUCAGAACAGUGAAUAAUUUUUUGUUGAUCAAUUAAUUGACUAAUUGUUGCAGCUCUAUUCUAAAGUUUUUAAUUUUGCAUUGGUCAUGCAAAUAUACAGAAGCUGAGAUCAGCCAUCAUUGCAGUACUCUUUUCUUAUCUAUUAUCUCAUAAAAAUGUUGUUUUGAUAAAGACAGGAUAAUUGUUUUGAGAAAGACAAAAGGUUAGCCACAAUCUCCAAAAAACCACUUGUUUACCUAAAAUAAAAAUAUAAUAAUAAUAAUAAUAAUAAUAAUAAAAUAAUUAUCAGUAUGGAGUU